AUGAGAAUAAAGGUUGUUGAGGUUGGCUCAGCUUUGGGUGAUUGGAUCCUUGUCAUGUUACAGAACAUGCUCAUGUAUCGUUGGGUCAAGAUGAUAUGGUUGGACUAUAUUUGGGUCUUGGUAGCUAAUUACCUCUGCGAGCAACAGAUUACGAACUAUCCGCACAAUUGGACUGAACCUUGA